UGUCCGACCGUGAUGACUUCGCGGACCUCAGAGCGGCUCAGGCUGUCGCGGACUCCACAUUCCACCGGAACAAGCUCCUCCUGUGCGUGUGCGUGUCUUUCUCUCUCUCUCUUUCUUUCUCUCUCUCUUUCUUUCUCUCUUUCUCUCUUUCUCUCUUUCUCUCGCGUUCUCCCGUGGAGGGACCCUGGUUUCACCCUUUCUUUCUUUUCUCUCUCGCUAUUUCACCCAGUUGGGUCACCUCCGUGAAAAACCCAUCUACACGCACGCAUAUACGUCUCUACGUACACGCUCGCGCACGCACACACUCGCGCGCGCAAGCACUCAUCCACACGCAUUGACACCACCCCGAGUCGCUUUAAACAGCCGCCAAUAUGUCUGACGACGAGGAACAAUACUCGGGUAGGGCGUCCCAAAAGGAAUCUGGCGAGAAUCCUGAGUUUAUGAAGAGGCAAGAACAGAAAAGAAGCGACCUCGACGAACAGCUCAAAGAAUACAUAGCGGAAUGGCGAAAACAGAGAGCCAAGGAGGAGGAAGAGUUGAAGAAAUUAAAGGAGAAGCAAGCCAAGCGCAAGGUCACCCGUGCAGACGAGGAGAAGAGAUUGGCUCAGAAGAAGAAGGAGGAGGAGGAACGUCGCCAACGUGAAAUCGAGGAGAAAAAACAACGUGACAUCGAAGAGAAGAGGAGGCGCUUGGAAGAAUCAGAAAAGAAGCGACAGGCUAUGAUGCAAGCGAUGAAAGACCAGAGCAAAGCAAAGGGUCCAAACUUUACCAUCACUAAGAAAGAUCUUUCGGGUAAUCUUACGUCGGCGCAACUUGAACGUAACAAGACAAAAGAACAACUUGAGGAGGAGAAGAAAAUUUCCCUUAGCAUUCGCAUCAAGCCGUUGGAAAUCGAAGGUUUGUCGAUUGACAAGCUCCGUGGUAAGGCUACCGAAUUGUGGGAGGCCAUAGUCAAACUUGAAACCGAAAAGUACGAUUUAGAGGAGCGACAAAAGCGUCAGGACUACGAUCUUAAAGAACUGAAGGAACGUCAGAAGCAACAACUGAGGCACAAAGCCUUGAAAAAGGGUCUCGAUCCCGAGGCUUUAACUGGCAAAUAUCCCCCGAAAAUCCAAGUCGCCUCCAAGUACGAACGUCGCGUCGACACCAGGUCUUAUGACGACAAGAAGAAACUUUUUGAGGGUGGUCUGACCGAACAGCAGAAGGAGAUCAUCGAGAAGAUGUGGGCCCAACAAAAGGAGCAGUUUAUGGGUCGUCAGAAGACGAAGUUACCUAAGUGGUUCGGUGAGAGACCAGGCAAGAAGGCUGGUGAUCCCGAAUCACCGGAGGGCGAGGAAGACGUGAAGGCCGCCGUUGAUGAUCUCGAGGAGCCGCAAUUCGAUGAAGAAGAGGAGGAGGAGGUAAAGGAAGAGGAGGAGGAAGUUGAAGAGGAGGAAGAGGAAGAGGAGGAAGAGGAGGAAGAAGAGGAGGAAGAAGAAGAGGAGGAGGAAGAAGAGGAAUAAAUCUGCUGGCUGCUUCAGUGCACCUUAUGGAUGUUAAGAAAUAACGUAUCUCAAAAAUUUCAAGAAAUGAUCGUUGCACAGUCUCGUUAACACUUAUCGAACAAAGAUCGAAGCGUAGUCAGUGGCUAAGUCGGUAGAAAUGCCUACAAAUGUCGACGUUUUCCAUCUACUUCCGGCAACCGUCGGGCUCCUCUUCGAGAUUCAAACGUCAAAGUGGACGAGAUGAAUGACGGAUGCUAUUUCUGUAGUAAAAAUCAUUUUACUAUUGUCACUUGUACGGCUGCUACUGCUACCCUACUAUUAUCUAUUAUUAAACUACUACUCUUAUUGUUACUAUUGCUACUACUACUUCUCUACUAUUAUUAUU